GGGAGCAUCCAUUGACGAACUUCCUGCAUGAAGUCAUAACCAGAUAUAUAUGUUUAUUAUCUUGUUUAACAUUCGUCUGGUUUAUUCCGUUUGACACCACAAUGAGCAAAACAAUAGUUGUUGGAACAUGGGCAUUCAGCAGUAAACCGGUCCUCACUGCCGGGGACAAACUCGCGUGCGGAGGAUGCAGUUGCGUGGAUGCUGUGAAAUGUGGAAUAAACGUGGUUGAGGACGAUGCCAGCUACGGGGACUAUCUUGUUGGAAGGGGCGGACCUCGGAACAAGGAUGGUUAUCUGGAGCAAGACGCUGCUAUCAUGGACGGGUGCAACUUGGAUUUCGGCGCCGUCACUGGCCUACAGGGCGUGUCCAAAGCUAUCUCAGUGGCCACCGACGUCAUGAACUACUCAGAACACAACAUGCUGACGGGAGGCGGGACGACAGCGUUCGCUGCACAGAGAGGACACGAUAUAGACGCGCAGCUAAUGCAGGCAGCUCCAGUCUCCCCAUCAAGUGGUGAUGAUCAGGCGCGGGGCAACGAUACGCUGGGUGUGAUCGCCUUAUCUGAUGGAAACAUCUGUGCAGGUGUGACAACAAGCGGUAAACGCAACAAGUGCGCCGGCAGGGUGGGAGACAGCGCUCUACCGGGGUGCGGCCUCUACGCAGACAACGAGGGAGGGGCGGCCUGCUGUUCCGGCGAUGGUGACGAGAUUCUCAAAUACUGUCCAAGUUUCCACACAGUGUGCCUCAUGAAACAGGGGAGCAGCGCCCAGGCAGCAUGUGACCAGGUGAUAAGAGACAUCCAACGAAGGCUGGGACAGAAGGAAAUGUUCGAGUUUGCCAUGAUUGCUGUGGAUAUGAAGGGCAACGUUGGCGCUGCGACCUCCGUCACGAGCUACACCGACCCCAAGACCGGGGUGACAUAUGAGGGCUUCCCGUACACCGUGUACAGGGGCCGGGACCUGGGGGUACAGACGAGGGUGCAGGCGAGGGUGCAGGCGAGGGUGCAGGCACCUGCCACCAGCACAUAACCAGGGUGUGACGCUUCCCGUACACCGUGUACAGGGGCCGGGACCUGGGGGUACAGACGAGGGUGCAGGCGAGGGUGCAGGCACCUGCCACCAGCACAUAACCAGGGUGUGACGCUUCUCGUUCCGGCCUCAUAUGAAGAGACAGAGCCCAGCGUGGUGUGUACGUUACAGCUUUCUGCAUCACCCUGGAGCCUGGUGCCUCCCAUCCCCAGGAUGCAUGGUGAUGUUAUCACGAGAAUCAUCAGUUUAAAGUGAAACAUCGUUGCCAAAUAAUAAUUUAAGAUUUAACUUAAACUCUCUGGCGCCACCUGGAGCACUAUGCUGGUCACUUCGACCUUCGACCAGCGGCACCAAAGGGUCAUAUGUCGACCUCUGCUCCCUUACAACACUGACGAAGAACGAGACCGAGACUGGAGUCUCCCUCAACCGAUCAUUCUCUACCGGAAGUUAGGACAUGACCUUGCUGGUUUGUGAUCAUUACAGUCACUGGUCUCCGAUUUUAUACCCCCCUCUCUCACUUCCUCUUCAUUCAUGGAGGGAUAUUAAAACAUAAUGCACGGAUGUUGAACUGCA